GUGCCAUAUAAUGUCUAUCUUACCUAUUUUUGUGGUUCAAAAUCUUUUAAUCUUGCAAUUUAAAUAGUAACAACUUCACUAAUCAGAUCUAGCACAAUCUGUUUAAAUUGUCAAGUGAGAGAGAAGUGAGAAAACACUCAUCUUGAAGACAAUCAAUCAUCUAUGUUUACAGGGCAGUUUCAUAUCCACAUAAUCACUUUCCUGAAGGUUUGAUAUGGAAAAUUUGAUUGAAAGCAGAUUGUACUUUUGCUUUAAUUGUAGAAACCAUGUUGCACUUCAUGAUGAUGUCAUUUCAAAAGCCUUUCAGGGAAGAAGUGGAAGAGGUUUUCUGUUUUCACAUGCAAUGAAUGUUAGAGUAGGGCCAAAAGAAGACAAAGAACUGAUAACAGGUCUCCAUACAAUUGCUGAUGUCUCCUGCUGUGACUGCAAUCAGGUUCUUGGUUGGAAGUAUGAAAGAGCCUAUGAGGAAAAUCAAAAGUACAAGGAAGGAAAAUACAUACUUGAGAAAUCUAAAAUUGUUAGAGAAAAUUUGUAGUGGCUGGCAGAAGAAGCCAUAUAUUGAGGAUUUGGGUCAAAUAUCCAUUAAAACUGGCUCAAUUCAGUGAAUGACAUUCAAUUCACUAUCGCACAAAUAGUCUUCACUCAAACUAGUUCACAUAAGUUUAUUGUGCUAUAUACGGGUUACUCGACUUUAAAUAUGUCAACUUUGACAGA